AUGAGCCAAGAACAGCCGCGGAAGCCCGAGGAUCAGAAGGAAGCCGUGAAAUAUGGGGACGUGUUUCCCGGUGUCCAGGGCGGUGAGCUGGCGGACAAGGUGGUGGCGCCCAAGGACGCAGCCAUCAUGCAGGCGGCGGAGAAUGCGGUGCUUGGGAAGACCAUCAAGGGAGGUGCAGCCGCAACCUUACAGGCCGCCGCCACGCAGAACAAGAAGGCUGGGGUGGUGGGUCCCGAUGACAUGAAUGCCAAUAUUGUUACAGGAGACGAGGGCGUUAGCGUUAAGGAGGCUGAUCUCCCGGGACGCCGUAUAAUAACAGAAUCAAUCGCUGGACAGGGUUCGGAUUCAAAUACAAGGAAUGUAGAUCAUGAAAAGCAAAGGAAAAUCUAUGAAUUGGUUGAGGCUGUGGGGCAAUACAGCCAGAGAGCUCCUUUGGCAGUGCCAAACACCAUUCAAGCUGGUGGGGCUGGUGGUCAAAUCACCAUUGGUGAAGCCCUGGAGGCCACUGCUAUGACAGCCGGACAGAAACCGGUGGAGUGGAGUGAUGCCGCCGCAAUUCAAGCAGCCGAAGUCAGAGCCACUGGCCGAACCAACAUUGUGCCCGGUGGUGUGGCGGCCGCAGCUCAGUCGGCAGCAACCCUCAACGCUCGGGCUACGAAGGAUGAAGAGAAGACGAAACUCGCCGACAUUCUAGCGGAUGCUACUUCAAAAUUGCCAGCAGACAAACCGGCAACACGGCGAGAUGCCGAGGGGGUGACGGGUGCAGAGAUGAGAAAUGAUCCGUUUCUGACUACACACCCAACGGGCGUGGCAGCUUCGGUGGCAGCAGCAGCUAGGCUCAACCAGACCAAUAGUAACGAAAUGCCAAAAUAG